GUGCGUCCCUAGUCAUCGCAUCACGCGAAUCGACUAGCACGCGGCUGACUUGGAUACUAACUUGCGCCUGUGCGUCUCCUCAGAUCCUAUCCUUGACGCCGAAUGCAUCGCUGCUGUACACGCUUAUUCCAAAGUCUAUUCGUCGUGCAAGGGCUGCUGAAGAGAAGGAACAUUGUCUACGUAGGAUGUAUGAUGUCAGAGUAGCCAGAUAAAAUCCACCAUUCGUGUUGAGACUAGAAGUGAUUCCCCCCCUGGGGAACUGGGCCUCUACGAGGAAUCCUCUCUUGCCCCUAGGACUGAAGGCGCCUAGCGCGGGGUAUGAAACACUUUCACGAGAGCAGCCGCAAGAACGUGGCAUUGUUUCAGACGUAAAGGAGGAUGGCGUGCUCUACUAGCUCCUGAAUCACGAAACCUGCGAAUGGAGAGUGAGGAGAUAAGGGUCGAUAUGAUUCAGAUGGGAACUGUCCU